ACUUAAAACAAGCCUCCUUCAAACCCUCCGUCAGUCCUGCAGGAGAAAAGGGGCGGUCGGCUUUCUCCUUUCAAGAACGAGUUAUUUUCAGCUGCUGACUGAAGACGGGCGCACGUCUGGUUACAAGAGCGUUUCCACUAUGGGACUGGAUACAGACGCGCAAGGGGCAGAUUUAAAGAGUCUCAGACUGAGGAGAAAGCCCUUCCCGCUGCUGCUGCUGCUGCUGCUGCUGCCGUUGUCGCUGCCGCUGCCGCUGCUGCUGCUGCUGUCUUUGAGGUUUCGUUCUUUUCAUGGUUUCUCCUGCCAAACCAGAGGUACCUUCGCCGCUGUUCUCUUUGGUGCCAUUCAGCGGCAGGUUAGAGGAUGAAACUUCCAAGACUCCUCGCUUUCUUGCUCUGGCACCUGACUUGGUUGGACCUAGAUCUUAUCAGCACUGUUCUGAGUGCCCCAGACCUGUCACAGAGAACCUCAGGGUCCAGACCGGGAUUGGCCAAGGCAGAAGCCAAGGAGCGUUCCCCCCCGGCCAGAGGCAGCUUCAGGCCGGGGGGACAUGGCUUCAAUGGGGCAGCCACUAAUGCCAGGGCAAAGGGCAGCGCCAGCCAAGCUGGAGGCCUACUACCCAAGAAGGAUCAGCCCAAAAAGAUGCCCUCGAGAACCGGAGGUCCUGAGCCCAAGCCAGAAUUCCCCCAGGCAAGGCAGGCGGGAGCUCGGACUGUGACCCCCAAAGGGCAGCACCCUGGUGCCAAGGUUCCUCCAAAGGGUGGCCCCAGUUCCAGUACCUUCCUACUGAAAAAGGCCAAGGAGCCGGGGCCCCCAAGCGAGCCCAAGGAACCAUUCCGACCGCCCCCAGUCACGCCCCAUGAGUACAUGCUCUCCCUGUACAGGACGCUAUCGGAUGCUGAUAGGAAGGGAGUCAAUGGCAGCGUGAAGCUGGAAGCUGGGCUGGCCAACACCAUCACCAGCUUCAUAGACAAAGGGCAAGAUGACGAGGCCCUGCAGUCCAGGAAGCAAAGGUAUGUGUUUGACAUCAGUGCUCUGGAAAAAGAUGGAUAGUAGGGAGCUGAAUUACGGAUUCCCUAAGGAAAAAAGCCCUCAGCAUGGGUCAAAGCCAUCUAUCCUGGAAGGCCAGCCCAGCUGAAGUUGUCUAGCUGUCGUGGCCGGCAACCGGGCAUCUUGCUUGAUGUACGUUCUGUGCCAGGUCUGGAUAGCCCCCGUUGGGAAGUAUUUGACAUCUGGAAGCUCUUUCGAAAUUUUAAGAACUCUGCUCAGCUGUGCUUGGAGUUGGAGGCCUGGGAUCGGGGCCGUGUCAUGGACCUACGCAGUGUGGGCUUUGACCGAGUUGCCCGUCAGGUCCAUGAGAAGGCCUUGUUUCUGGUGUUUGGCCGCACUAAGAAACGUGAUUUGUUCUUCAAUGAAAUUAAGGCUCGCUCUGGCCAAGAUGAUAAGACUGUGUAUGAAUACCUAUUCAGUCAGCGUCGGAAACGGCGGGCCCCACUCACAACACGUCAGGGUAAGCGACCCAGCAAGAAUCCCAAGGCCCGUUGCAGUCGAAAGGCACUGCAUGUCAACUUCAAGGACAUGGGCUGGGAUGACUGGAUCAUUGCGCCCUUAGAAUAUGAGGCCUUCCACUGUGAAGGACUCUGUGAGUUUCCCCUUCGAUCUCACCUGGAGCCCACCAACCAUGCUGUCAUUCAGACUCUUAUGAACUCCAUGGAUCCAGAAUCUACUCCCCCAACCUGUUGUGUACCCACCAGGUUGAGUCCCAUCAGCAUCCUCAUUGAUUCUGCCAACAAUGUGGUCUACAAACAGUAGGAGGACAUGGUUGUGGAAUCCUGUUGGCUGCAGGUAGCAGCAUCACCCCUCCAGCCACCCACCGCCUCUCAUGGUCAAGGCUGA